CUCUCUCGGAGGAAACCUUUCCCUGCACUCUCUCUCCCUUCUUCUCUCUCUCUCUCUCUCUCUCGCUCUCUCUCUCUCAAGAAACCCUUAGCCUUCACGCCUGUCCUCGAUUCGCAACACCACCCUUGAAGACUCGAAAUUGUGGUUCACAAGAAAAGCUUAUACAUCAGCAGAAGAACAAGUUAAAAUGGCUGAGGGAAUUGGUUUCUCCUUUUUGGGGAAAGCUCUGGGGGGAAUUGGCGAGUACUUGGUUGCUCCGAUCUGCCGACAGUUUGGUUAUCUGUUUUGCUUCAACACCAACAUUCAAAAUCUUAAGACUCAAUUGGACAGCCUAAAAGUGACAAGAGAAGGGGUUCAACUAGGGGUGGAUGAAACACGCAACAAUGUCAGAACCGUUGGACCUCAUCUUGAGGCAUGGCUGACUAAAGCAAAUGACAACACAGCAGAGGCAGAGACAAUUAUUAAAGACAAGGCCCAGGUUCAAAAGGGGUGUUUCAGUGGGUGGUGUCCAAAUCUCAAGUUGCGUUACUCACUGGGCGGGAAAGCCGUGAAGAAGACUCAGGAACUUGCUCUUCUCCAUGCUGAGGGUAGCAACUACGUUCAGUCGUCCUACAAUCCACUACCACCAAGUAUAGAACCUAUACCUACAACAACAGAAUUCCAGGGGUUUGAUUCUCGAAUUCUGGUCAUGAACGAGAUCAUUGAGGCUUUGGAAGAUGAUGCGAUCCACUUGAUUGGGAUAUGUGGGAUGGGCGGAAUGGGCAAGACAACAAUGGCAAAAGAAGUUGCAAAAAGAACCAAAAAUCUCUUCAAUGAAUUUCCAAUGGCAGUUGUCAGCCAAGAGCCAGACCUAACUAAGGUUCAAGGGUGUAUUGCAGACAUGUUGGGUCUCAAACUUGAUGACAGGGAGAGCCCGAUAGCAAGAGCAAGUCUCCUACGCAAGAGGCUUCUGCUAGACAAUAAGAAAAUUCUUGUCAUAUUGGAUGACAUUUGGGAAGAAUUUGAUCUAGAGGAGUUGGGAUUUCCUUUGGAAGGAGGCAGCAACAAGAGUUGUAAGAUCCUUUUCACUGCACGAAAUCGAAAUCUAUGGAAAGGAAUACAAAAUAAAAGGUAUAUCCAACUUCAAGUCCUAGUGGGUAGAGAACAAUGGCAUCUCUUUAGAGAGAAGGUAGGCGAUUGUGCUGACCACCUUGAUCUGCUACCGCUAGCAAAACAGGUUGUAAAUGAAUGUGGAGGUUUACCACUUGCCCUAGCAACUAUCGGAAGGGCACUUACAAACGAACACAACCAACAUCAUUGGAAUAAUGCGCUUCAACAACUAAGAACCCCUUGUUCAGAAAGUUUGUCAUCAGAAGUGCUUGCAAAAGUGUAUCAAGCUCUAUAUUUUAGUUACAGUUUUCUAAAAGAUGAGAGAGCCAAGAAGUUGUUUCUGCACUGUUGCUUGUUUCCAGGAGACUAUAAUAUUUCUAUCGAAUAUAUGGUUAGAUAUGGAAUUGGAUUGCGGUGGUUUGAAGGCAUUGACAAAGUGGAUGAAGUAAGAGAUCCAGUGAAUGUCUUAGUUGAUCAACUUAAAAGUUGUUAUUUACUGUUGGAUGGUCGUUUUGAGGGGCAAAUAAAAAUGCACGAUGUAGUGCGCAAUGUCGCCAUAGCAAUUGCGGCUAAAGAUAAGCAUGGUUUUAUGACAAUCCAUGGUGCCAAAUCGAGAGAGUGGCCAAAGAAGGCGACAUAUGAGCUUAACACUUCCAUUUCGGUGAUAUCAAAUGGAAUUGUAGAGUUUCCAGGAGGAUUGAGAUGCUCAAAACUUGAGGUUUUACUAAUAAAAUGCCAGAAUAGUUCACUAAAAAUACCAAGCAAUUUUUUUGAGGGCAUGGGGGAACUCAAAGUUUUGGACCUGAGUAUCACGGAAGGCAUCUCGUUACUGCCGUCGUCACUGCAAUUCUUGAGCAACCUAUUGACAUUGCAUCUUGAUCAAUGUCACAAUUUCGAUAAUAUGUCUGUAAUUGGAAAGCUAUUGAAUCUGGAAAUCCUUAGCUUUCGUGGAUCUUACAUUAAGGAGUUUCCUGAGGAAAUAGGAAGACUGGUUAAUUUAAAGUUGUUAGAUCUGACAAGAUGUCAUAAACUUAAAAGAAUCACACCUGGUGUCAUAUCAGCCCUAGUCCAAUUACAAGAGUUGUAUUUGGGUGGCUGCGGAAUCAUUUGGGAACAAGAAGGCAAGGAAGGAGGAGAAAAUGCGAGCUUUAGAGAGUUUGAAUUCUUGUCCAAUUUGAAUACUUUAGAGAUUAAUAUAACAGAUGUCGUGUGUUUGCCAAGAAUCCCAUUGUUUAGCAAAUUGACAAAAUACACAAUUUUGACAGGUUUGGAUCCCAACAUCACUAUCGUUGAAGAAUCCAUAAAAAGGUUCCGAAAGCUUUUGGUUCUGUCUUUAUGACACAUGUACUGCCCCAUUAGAAUGCGGUGGGAUCAAUUCGUUGCUAAGGAGUACUGCACUUCUACAGUUAAUGGGUUCGGAAGAUGCAGUGCAAGAGUUGUUUCGAGAGGGAGUUGAAGGACUCCAACACUUGAAGAAACUAAUAAUUCUUGAUUGUGCUACACCAGAAUGUCUUGUUAAUACAAUGGAAUGGGUCCCGUGUACACCUAAUGCUAGUCCUCAUAUUUUUCCUAUCCUGGAGAAAUUAGAGCUCAAUUUUUUACCCAAUUUAAGAAAGAUAUGUCAUUACCAACUUCCAACCGGCCCUUUUGGAAAACUAAAACAUCUUGAAAUCAAAAAUUGUGAUAGAAUGGAAGAAGUUAUUUGGAAGGAAAAAGGAGAAGAUGAUGCAGCAAACAAGAUGGAGUUUCCAGUGUUAGAAUCCAUGACUUUGUGGAGUCUAUCAAUGCUCAUUGGUUUUUGCAGAGGGACUGACGAGAUUGAGUUCCCUCAAUUGAAGAAAUUGAGUCUUCGGAAACUACCACAACUCAAGUGGCUCUUCCUCAAUAGCAGUAAUCCGUUUUCAGAGUCAAUGGAAAACGACAACGCUACCUUCCUAUCUCUUUUUCUCCACAAGGUUGCAUUACCUAGCUUGAAGGAGCUAGAACUCAAGGAUCUUGACAAUUUGGAAGGGCUGGGACACAUUCCUAUUUCAGUGGGUUCCUUUUCUAAACUUAGAAAAGUACACGUACAACACUCUGGCAAAUUGCUCUAUGUUUUUCCAUCACAAUUUCUCACAAGGUUGCGAAAUCUUGAAGAUCUAACUAUAGAACAUUGCAGUUUAAUAGAGAAGGUGUUUGAAUUGGAAAUGGUGGACUGUAAGGAGCAAGAAUUGGAGAUGCUUUCACUUUUGAAAUCUCUAAAAUUAAAGCAUCUACCCAAACUGGAUUAUAUUUCAAAGAAAGAUCCCAUUGGAUUUAUGUACAUUUCACAAUUAAGUAUUCUACAUGUUCAUGACUGUGAUAACUUGAGAUAUCUAUUUCCACAUUCUAUGAUGAAGUGUAUCUUACAACUCCAAGAAUUGGACAUAAGGAGAUGUAAAAUGAUGUCAAGGAUUGUUGCAGAUGAGAAAGGGCAGGACAAAAGCUCGGUGGAUAAAAUUAAGUUCACUCAAUUGAAAAUUUUGAUACUCUAUGAUCUACCGAACCUUGUGAGUUUCUUUCCCAAAGUGAUUGCUACUUCGGCUACAUCAACAGAAUGCCUCCAAAAUGUCAUGCAAACUCAAUUCAAUGAGAAGGUUGUAUUCCCCACUUUGGAGGUGCUACAACUUGAGCAACUUGACAAUCUAGAAGGGAUGGGACACUGUCCACCUUCAUCGAUGUCGUUGUCCAAGCUUAGAUAUGUGCAGAUACGACACUACGGCAAAUUGCCCAAAGUUUUUCAAGCACAAUUGCUUACGAGGCUGCAAAACGUUGAACAACUAUCUAUCGAGGAUUGAAGUUUGCUAGAGAAAGUGUUUGAAUUGGAAGUGGCUGACUGUACAGAACACAACUCAAAGAUAUUCUCGUUAUUGAAAUCUCUCAAAUUAAAAAGUCUACCCCAAUUGAACCUUAUUUCAGAGAGAGAUUCCAUUGGAUUUAUGUACAUUCCACCAUUAAGUAUUCUACAUAAUGAUGGUUGCGACAACUUGAGAUUUCUAUUCACAUAGUUCAUGAUGCAGUGUAUCCUACAACUCCAAGAAUUGGAAAUAAGGGGACGUAAAAUGAUAUCAGCAAUUGUAAGGGAGGAGGAUAGCCGGGGUGAAAUUUUGGUGGAUAAUAUUGAGUUCACUCAAUUGAAAAUUCUGCAACUUUAUGAUCUGCAAAACCUUGUGAGUAUCUUCCCUAAAGUGACUACUACAGUGGCGACAUCAUUUGAACACAUCCAGAACCCAGGACAAAGUCUCUUCGAUGAAACGGUUGUAUUCCCUAGCUUGGAGGAAUUAGAACUCCAUAGAUUUCAGAACAUGAACGAAAUAUGGUGCAAUCAACUUCAGCCCAACUCGUUCAACAAACUAAUUAAAUUUGAAUAAAUGCUCGAUGAUGGAAGAAGUAGUUGCAAAGGAGGAAGAUGAAGAAGAAGGUGGAAGGAUAAACAGAACUCCAUUGCCCAAAUUAGAGUAUUUGGAACUCGAAGAUCUACCAGAGCUCAAGAGUUUUUUCCACGUUACUCAUGAUUGGGAAUUUCCUUUGGUAGAAAACAUCACUGUCCUCAAUUGCCCUAAAAUGAAAACCUUCUCUCAUGGAGUCAUACGCACCCCAAAGUUGCAAGGUGUAUUUGUGAAGCAGGGAAAGUACACGUGGUCCCCAGGUAGAGAAGGAGAAGACAUGGAUAAACGACCUCAAUCAAACCAUAUUGCACCUAAUUAAAAAGAUGGCGGAUGAUCUACCCCAUGACAGAGCUCCGUUCGAGAUUCCACCUCCGGUAGAGAUGGAGGCCAAGCUUGAGCUUGAGAUAUUACCGAUGGGAGUACACCCCUUUGAUCUGGUGACAUACCAUCCUCAGACACAUGUGCUACCACUCGGGGGUAUCAGACACUUCAGAGAGUUUGCACGACGCAUACCAGAGGACCUCUUACUACGAGAGCUGGACUCCCAUUUAUCUUACGGCGCCACUGAGCUUUGGGUAUAUGCAUAUUUCCCGACCCUUGUUUCGAAGCCAGAGAUGAAAAUGCCCCCUGUUGUGCCAUACUCUCAUCGAUACGACAACAGAUGCCUACGGAGGACCCGGAAGACCUUCUCAUUCUUCCGCCGGUACUUUGAUACAAUAACUGCGGGGGAGAUCGCUUGGCAGCCUUGGGCAACGAUGCCAGUUGGAGUCAGGGACCAGUAUGCCGAUAUUUGGGGGGCUUCCCGUUUUUGGCUUCUGCUAGAGGGCCCAGUUU